GUCACACAAUACCAUGGCGGGUGAGGGAUGAGACAACGUGAGUUUACUGGUGAGUCGCGUUCCACACCGCGCUGUGGAAAGAACGAGUCGUUAGGCUGAUGUAUAAAUAACAACAAAACGACUAACAUGGAAAGUCCUGGCGGGAAAGGAAAUGAAAAACACCAUCGCGGUGAAAUUCAUUUAUCAGCUACGAUUUCAUCAAACCAAGAUGGCGAACAUUCUGUGUGUGAGAGGCUGGCGUCCAAUCUUCAGGACAGUCCAGAAAUACCUAAGGUUGGAGGGUCUGAAUCGAAACAUAACAGUUCAUCCACGUUGCAUCCAAAGCCUCUUGAGGAGUUACCACGGCUUAACUUCCAGAUCCCCAGGAAGAACAAAGAAAAGAGAGCACUCUUCCAGAAUAUCUCCUCAGACUCCAGAGAGUUUGCAGACAUCAUGAAAACAAUCGCCACCUGUUACAAAGAUGCGGCAUCAGCUGGGACCUUUGUAUACGACAAACUUCGCCUGGUCCACAAUGAGCUUUUGGAGAAAGAAUUUGUUGAGAAGAGAAAAGAACUGAAACAGGAUGGGCGUACAGAGAAGGAGCUGUCAGAGUCUUUCUGUUUCCUGCUCUGUGAUGCCUUCAAAAUUCCUGGGAUCUGUGAAAAGGGUUUAACAGUUGGCCACAGUUGGAUGAGCAUGCUGGGUCAUCCCUCUAAAGGUGUUUAUCUGAGUAAGUGCUCAGAUUUGCUGCAGGUCAGUCCCUUUGAUGUGGGAGCCACUGGAGAGAUUAUUAUCUUUAAAGUUAUAAAGGGUAAAGUAAAAAGUAUAUACGAGAAUAUGUCCAAAAGUCUGGAUCCCACCCCAAAAUUUGACAGCCAUUAUUCUAAGAACGCCAACCGAGUGACCUCACUACAAUCAUACAGGGCAUUUGAGCUCACGCAGCAAUACUUCUACGAGUACUGUGAUUUUGAGAUCAGCAGCAGGCCGAGGCAUGUGUGUCCGUUUGCCGUCGUUUCGUUUCAGUAUAAAGGCAAAGAGGCUGCUCCUGUGUCCAAGCCGGUGCCUCUUCUGAGGUCGAACAGUCUCCCAUCUGGAACAGGAAGGACCAGUUAUACUGUAUGGAGAGGAUGUCUGAUGAAUGGGGGUAAAGAGGUAUUCCAGGUCUGCCUCCGCUCCCACUCACAACCCCUCUUACCCUUCAAACUGCCAGAUAAAGUGGAGAUUGGUACAGUGAUAAGUCAGGAGCAGCUGACACAGGAGAUACCAUCUGCUCUUUUCUCCUGGGACCUGUACUCUGGCAGCCAUGAAGUUUACAAGAGUGGACUAUACUGCAGCCUGUUUGAGGUGGUGGAAAAAAGCAAAGCUGGCAGUAGUUUGACUUUGUUUCUUGAGAAACUUGAGGGGAAAAGAAUGGUUCUUGUCAGCCCUGUGAUUGACAAGGGUUUCCUCUUCAUACUCUCCUCCACUCAGAUGGCUAAUUCAAAUGAGCGACGAGGAGGCUGGAAAAAUACUAGCAUACAUGCACUUUUUAUCUUUCCAGAGGCAAGGGAUGUGUCAAGAUUUUCAUUCAAACCACGUGCCACGGCGAAACCCUUACUCUCGGUGCCACAGGACCUGGUCAUGACCGACCUAGACACCUUCAUCCCAGCUUUGCACUAUGCUCUCUGCAAGGUGCGCUGCAACCCUCCAGGUGACCUCAGCGUCGGAGUGGAGCAGCAAGCCCACGAUUACCUCAGCAGCCGACGUGAAGGGAAACCCCUCCAGCGUAUCAGGGUCGAGUACGAUCACAAACUGGACGAAAGGGAGAAACUCUUUCCGGCUCCAAGGCAGAGAUUAAAAUGGGAAAGCUACCUCCACUCUUAUUUUUACGGCCCCAAAUACUUCAUGAUGCCAGUUCAAAAGGCUAAGGACUUGGUGGAGAAGUUCCGCUGUGUUCCUGAGCCUAGCCCUGUUACAGAAUCGGAGAACUUAGAUGACCCGACCUCUGCAGCAAGGCGUAAUGGACAACAUCAUGUUCAGGCUCAUGAAGACCCAGAGAGGUUGAAGGAACUUCUAAAACUCAUUCAGAUGAGUAAGAAAAAAGAGAGAGCCAAACAGGCAGUGAAGGACCAGGAGGGGACAACUCAGACUCUGAAACGGAAACUGGAAGAGGAAACGUUGAGUAUUGGUUCUAAGUGUCUGAGGAAGUCCUCCCUCAACAAUGGUGAUCAAAGAGAAGAAGAAGUCCAGUUCCCAUCAUCUCUAGCUGAGGUGAUAAACUGUGUUGGGCUCCAUGACACAGACCUAAGAAAGGACAAGUCACAGGGUGCACUGAAAUUAAUGAAGUGGCUGGACACACUCAGCCGAGCCACGGAAAACCCCUCUUCACUGGACACCACGGAGAGCAGAACUAGAACUGACACAGGAGACCCGGCGUCAGCUGAAACUACUUUAUAUGACAGUAUCAGAAGACUCGGACUCCCCACCAACUGUGACAUCGACCUCCGAAAUCGCUUUUCUGAUGACGAGCAGGAGGAGCAAGAAACAAACGAUCCUCUUGAGGAAGAAACUACUGGCAGCUUGAGUAGUCUGGAAGCAUUCAGUCCGUGCUCAGAUACUAACGGGCAGCGCCGCGGAGUUGAAAUGCCUGGAGAGAGGUCAAUACCAUGGGUCCUUAUUCCCAUCACCGGUUUGAAGACGGAAAGAUACUGUCAGAGACAGGAGGAUAAUCCAGAGGAUCCACGCUGCCUUCAAACUGCACCAACUUCAACCCAUACAGUUCCUGAAAAGAGCAGCUUUUCUCCUCCUGAACUACCAGAUAGUAGUUUCAUGGAGGAGGAACCAGUUGAAGUGAUGGAAGUGCAAAACACAAAUUUGACUGAUGAACUUAAGUCUUCACAUUGUCAGGAUCGGAGAACUCCUCUAAAUGAUGUCGACAGUAUCGUUGAUGAGCAACUCUGUGACUUUUCCUCUAAGAUGAUGAGCCUCCUGAGAGGGGAACGCGUGUACUAUACACCUAAUUACAGCAGCUCUCAAGCGCACACGCACACGCUGCAAACGCCUAUGACUCAGUUUUCUGAGUACGUGUCACACUUUAACACGCCUUUGCCUGUUCAUGGUUAUGUUAGCACGUUACAUGAUAGCAUUAUUUCAUUCAUUGACUCACAGCAGACUAAGCGUGAUAGCACGGCAGAUACAUCCUCAGCUGCAUCCUCUCUUGUCCAUUCCUCUACCUCUUCUUUUACACGGCCUGUCCCUGCUGCAGUGCCUGUAUCUGUUCCCUCUCACACGUAUCCCUCUGUUCCAGCCUCCUCCAGUGUUCCUCUAGCCAAACCUUCCUUAUGUUCUGUCCCUGACUCUCUUUCACUGUCCACCUCAGUUACCCAACCCUUAAGCCCUCACUGUAGUUCACCCAGGAUACAGAUAGACCAGUCAAGUCUACAUCUCCAAAGUAAGUGUGACGUCAAGCAGCCAGACCAAAAGGUACAAAGGACGCAUGGGUACAUGCAGGUAGAACCGGUCCCAGGCAGGUUAGACAGGCAGGAAGGUAGGGUUGUUCUCGAAUCGCAUCAUCUUGACGCUUCGGCUCCGUUGGUCCGCGAUGCUGACGAAAGUAUGGCUCUUUCGAGUGGAGCUUCAUCUGUGGAAGCCGCACCAGCCUCUCUCAGUAGCGUGAUCAGUCAGCUUCAGCCUGAGGUGAUCAGCAGCUUGGUGGAGAUCAUCAAAGGUGUGCAGAAGAACACUGUACACUUCUACAUCCACUCCCCAGGCGAGGAGGAGAGUGACGUCUGCUGGGAAAUAAAGGAGUACUUGAAGCGGCUAGGGAAUGCUGAGUGCAGUCCUCAGACUUUUCUGGAAAAAGAAAACAGUCAAGAUAGACUACUCAUCAUCAUCCAAAAUACUGACAUCGCUGCACAGAUUCAUAAGAUUCCUGCAUUGGUCUCCCUGAAAAAGUUGCCCUCUGUCAGUUUUGCCGGGGUCGACAACCUUGAUGACAUUAAGAACCACACGUACAACGAACUGUUUGUAUCUGGAGGUUUUAUUGUGUCAGAUGAGUUUGUCCUCAACCCUGAUUUCAUUACACAAGAGAGGCUUCAAGCUUUUCUUGACUUCUUGGAAGAGCUGAAUACUUCAGAGAGUAUAUGGAGGUGGAAAGUGCAUUGUAAAACACACAAAAAACUCAAAGAGCAAUGCAGGGUGAAAAGAGAGGCUCAGAAUCUGCUAAACAUCCUCACAACGUUUCAAAGGAGAAACAUUGUUGAAUUAUUGCCAUACCACGAGUGUGACGCGCCUUCACGCCAAACGCCUGACCUUGACUGCCUGGUGAAGCUCCAAGCACAGUACAUACAGCACCGUCACAUCAUCUUCCUCACAGAACGCCGGUUUGAGAUGUUUCCUCAGUAUUCUAGUAACGGUAUAGUGAUUGCUAACAUUGAUGACAUAAUGAACAGUAUGGAUAGUCUUAUUGGUGUCCAUCACAGAAAGGACAAACCCACACCAUCUUAUGAUUAUCCUUCCCCCGGUACAUCAACAUUGAAGACCGAGGACAUGUCAUUGGAUUCUGAACAGGAGGCUAGGGAAUCCAUCCCUCAGGACAGAGCUGACCGCCGGCCUGUUCCUCCAAGUGAUCCGUAUCCUCCAAUCGCUGACCAGCUAGGUCCAGACCCUGCACCUCUGUCCUCACCUACCACUGGAACGCCAAGCCGAUUAGACUUUGAUGCUCUAAAAUCAGCCAUUUCCCAAUUCAAAGCCUCAAAAGCAGCCCAGAUGCAGCUAGAUUCUAACACAGGUCGUGCAUCCCCAACAGCUUUUCACGUUAACCCACAUCAAAGUUUCCUCAGUCUGGGGAGUUUGGCUUCCUCCUACAUGAGCAGCUCACUAAUUAGCAAUACAUCCAAUAGUCCUACUUCCUCUCUCUCUUCAGUUCACAUGCAGUCGGUUAGUCAAGAGAAACUUGGUUCCACAUCGCAGUCAGUGGAUGGGGGCACUGCUCAGAGCCGGUCAAACUUUCCUAAUUCAGAAAUGGACAGAGCUAUGAUGUUCAGGCCUGAAGACGGACUGAGCACUACCCCAAGAGGUGAUGUGCAAAGAGGAGGUGCUGCUGGUACAAUUGGAUCCGCAGGCCCUGUUGAUAUAAUAUCUACCAGUUACGUAACUUCUGAAAUCUCUGGAAAUAAUUCUAACAUGUCCGUCGAUGCUGCAUCCAGCCCAAAAGAUACUGUGGCUUCUGACAGUUCCAUAAACCAUCCAGACAGUACAAGUAGCAUAUCUGAGACAGCUGCAGGGCAGGAUCUAGUGACCACUAGUAGCUCCUGCAUUCCACAGGUAAAGAAUAUGACUACCUCCAAGGAAGCUCCCAGUCAUGCCAGCCAGGCUCCUCCUCCCUCAGUACCUAGAGUUGUUGGGCAUGGGAGAGAGAACAUUGCAACACAUGCUGAUGGCAUGAUUCUGCAACGCAAUAGCCUGUUGUCUCUCCCAGCCAAUCUAAGCAGCCAAGGCCUUGUUGCUCACAAUGGUCUCAGGUCUCCUCUGUUGAAUAGUACAGUGGGCCUGGGGGUGGUUGGACCAACAGGUUUUACGGGACUCUUGCCCAACAAUAACAUGCAAAUGGCUUUUGGCGGCUUGGCACAAGGAGGUACGUCAAGCAUGUGGGGCAUUCAGCAUGGCGUGGGGAUGGGACACGUUCACCAGACUCAGUUCAUUCAGAGCUACGCCUGGCGGGGGAACCAUCCCACGUUACAGGGGCGCGGCCAGCCCCCUCACAGAGGAGGCUACAAAGGCUGGUGAACAUUCGAUUAACUAACAAUGUAUGUGCAUAGUGAAACUUGAUAAAGA